UCAAAGUCUAAUUAAAGCAAUUUCCGUGAAUCUUUUUGGAAAAAUGUACAGCCAUCAAGUUGGAUCAUAGUUUAGUCCUAAAAGUAGAAAAACCAUUCACCCUCGUACUAAAACAUCACUAUCAAUUUCCGCAAACUUGGAGAAACUCGGCGCAUGUCAGCAAUUAUUCUCCACUUUCAUCCCUCCGUUUCGUUUUUGUAAUGUGCGGGAACAGCUGAAAAUCUCCAACAUUCUCCCUUAUUUGAAAAACUGCAAGUCUACAAAUGGGGUGAAUUUCGACGUCAGAAUCAAUAUUGCGUAGGUGCAUCAUGUCUCUUUCCGCUUCAAGUACACCAAGGCGAAAACCGACGUUUCCCGGGUCCCUGACCGAUCUCCAUCGAUUCAGGAAAACAACCCAUGGUCAUGACGGAUCCAGCAGAAUCGUCAUGGUCCGAAAAACUGACCAGCGAACGUUUGCCAACAUGAAAAAUGGAGAGGAACCAACAUUGGAAACAGUCACACGGGAGACGAUCGAAACUUUUCGAGGACAAAGAACAGAAUGCAAAGUAACCACUGAAAAAAAAGAUUUUGAAGAUAAGUGCCCGCAAGACAUUAUUCAAGCACUUGCAGAAAAAGCUACAAAAAGUAAAAUAUCUGGUGUAAAGAAACCUUUGAAUCCCAAAAUGGAUUUCCAGAAUGAAUGCCUAAAAGCCCACAAUGAAUACAGAAAGAAGCACGGUGUGCCGUCAUUAAAAUUGGACAAAGAAAUUUGCAAGUUCAGCCAACAAUGGGCUGAUCAUUUGAUAAGAAGAGGUGCCUUAAUACAUAGCAAUAAUCGAGACUACGGUGAGAAUAUUUUUAUGGUACAAUCGUCAAAUACAAAUUUCACUGUAUCUGGAAAAGAGGCUGUGGAUAGUUGGUAUGAGGAAAUCAAGUUUCAUAAGUUCGGUUUUGAACCCAAAAGUUUAGCUUCUGGUCAUUUUACUCAGGUAGUGUGGAAAGAUUCGAAACAGCUUGGAGUAGCGUUUGCCAAAAUUGGCGGUAAAGUUGUUGUAGUGGCGAAUUAUUAUCCUGCUGGAAAUAUGAUUGGAAGUUUCGCUGAAAAUGUUCCGCCGCCUGGCGGAGUAUCGCCGACUCCAAGUCACAAUAAUAACAAUACUAUAGAGUUACCAACCCAACUUAGUCGACUCUCUCUUAGUAGCAGAAGUUCAACAAAAGAUCUGCGUUCGAUUACCGAAGCAAACUUCGAAGAAGAUUUCUUGCAAGCCCACAAUAACUACAGAAGAAAACAUGGAGUGGCCCCUUUAAAACUUGACAAAAGCCUUUGCAAAUAUGCUGAAGAAUGGGCCAAACAUUUGGCUUCGAGGAAUAUAUUAGAGCAUCGCCCUGAAAGUAAUAAGGGCGAAAAUAUUUACUGCCUGUAUUCAUCGGAUUCAAGCUUUAGAAUUAAUGGAAAUACUCCGGUGGAUACUUGGUAUGAAGAAGUCAAACUUCAUCCAUUUGGGCGCGAACCUAGCAAUCUCAAAUCCGGUCACUUUUCUCAAGUAAUAUGGAAAUCAAGCGAAAUCUUGGGUGUGGGCGUUGCCAAGUCUACUCAAGGAAGCAUUUACGUUGUAGCCAACUAUUUUCCAGCUGGUAAUUUUGUGGGGCACUUUAUUGAAAAUUGUCCUCCUGUAAAACCUCAAUUUUACAAAGACAUAUCUGAUAGCAGUAAGAAUGAUGAUAGAUCAACUGCAUCAUUUGGUAGUGGAAUUGCAGAAGAAAAAAAGAAGACUGAUGUUAUUGAUGUAGAUGAGUUUUGUGAAGAAGCUCUUAAGGUUCAUAAUGAGUAUAGGAGGAAACAUGGAGUACCUGAGAUGUCUUUGAAUGAGGAUAUGUGUAAAUUUGCUCAAAAUUGGGCUGAAACUUGCGCGCGUACAGCCAGCCUACAGCAUAGAGCCAAUAACCCUUAUGGAGAAAAUAUUUUCUCUAUGUAUUCUUCAGACUUCGCCCAUGUACCUACAGCGCGGGACGCUAUAAAAGAAUGGUACGAUGAACUCAAACAGCACAAUUUUGGCGUUGAGAAAGUUCAACAAGGAAGCCUUCAUUUUACUCAAAUUAUUUGGAAGAACUCUAUUGAGUUGGGAGUAGGGAUAGCUAAAAAUAGAAGAGGGCAAACUUAUGUUGUUUGCAACUAUAGUCCAAGAGGGAAUUUUGUGGGGCAAUUUAUGGAAAAUGUGCCCAAAAUGAGGUCUUGACGGCUGAAGAGCGUCAGAUUUUUAUUAGUACCUAAUUCUACACUUUAGAACAUUCCAUUAAUCAUGCCAAAGAAUCUGUCUGUGGUGCUUGAAUAGUUACUAUACCUAUUAAGUCAAAUAACAAUUUUAUGCUUAUCAUCAUCAAAGAAAUAUGUGCAUAUUCCACAUUUAAAUUCUCGUUUAAAUCUGAUUAAGUAAAAAUGCACUUUAAUUUUAAUGUCUGAUAUUUUCCUACAGGUUUUCAAGCCGUCCUAAAAAUCUCAUCUUACACUAUUUUGAUAAUUUAGGUAAAUUUUCAAUGAUUAAUAAAUCAGGGUGUCACAGUAUUUAGAAACUAUGUAAGACUGUCUUGUGAGUGCAUGUAUUAUGUAUGAAUACUUAGUGAAAAAUAAUCAUUCCACAAUAAUAAUCAUUUUAUACCUUUAUUAGAACAGUGAUCGAUAUACAAAUGUAUUAUAUUUUUACUUGACUUUUUACUUAUUCUUGUUGUCAUUAUUAAAAUAAUUGUUAAUCAAGAAAAAAUAGAGUUUUUUUAUUACUAUUGGGUAUCAAAACUCAAU